UGGAAUUAAACAAAUAAAAGGUUAGUAAAAAUAACUGUGGAUGCAUGUAUCGAUGAUUUGUUGCAGAUAUCUUUGGUGAACUGACCAAAUUAAAAUUUGAUAGCAAAGGCUUGGUCCAUCACUGCAGCAAGACUGGUGUGACACUCAUAAUUCCAGAGGGAGCAGUUCAACAACCUGCUACUGCAUGGUUUGGAGUGUGUCCAUUUAGCACUAAGUUCAAGUUUGGUGACUUUGUACCCAUUACUCCUAUUGUAUGGGUCUACAUUGAUCAAAAACUAACAAAACCAGCAGAGCUUUACCUUCCCCACAACAUCAAUAUUGGGACAACCAUGAAAAACCUCUUCGUCCACUUGACAGCCAGUGAUCAGAACUUCUUGGAAAAAGGAAAGUUUCUUUUUACUUGUAGCAACGUCAAAAUGGAAGUCGAUUCUGAAAUGUUUAAGACGUAUUGUGACCACUUUUGUUCACACUGUGUUGCCAUGAAGAAGAAUGUAUAUCAAGGUACUCAGAAGCAUUACAUGAUAGCAAUGGCUGAGAAACAAGAAGAUGAAACAACCUUUGUUGACUUUUGCUGCUUUCCUUGUCAGAUGGGAUGCAAGCAGCUCGUAACAAAGCAGUAUAAAGAUGAAGAGUUUACAAUCAGCAGCUUGAAGAGUAUCAUGUUUGAUGAUGAAGGCAGCUUAUCUGUAGCAUUUGAUCCAGACAGUGUACUAGGAUGGGAAAGAGAUUACAAUGGGUUUUGUACAGGAGAGAUAUCUGAGUCAGAGGUUGAUUAUUUUAAAGUGAUGGGUUGUGAAGCUGGUAAUGUGAAUAAAGAGAAUAUUGAGAAGCUUCAAUUGAUGGAAGAGACCCUUCUUUAUCCUCCUCGUCUCAGAUACACCUUCUCAUGCUUGAAUAGCUUCAUUGCCUUAGAUACUACAAAAGUGAAAGCUAUUUUCAGUGGAAUGAGCAAGCCCCUCCAAAUCAAUGUCACAUUGAAAAAGCCACAAGAAAAUGAGAGUGCAUCCACAACACAGCUAACUCCCCCUUUGACUCCUAAUAUUGCACCAGCAAAUGAUAUCAAAUCUGAUGCUGUCUUGAUGAAAAUCCUGAUUGUUACUGCUGAUAUCUUUUGCGAUGAUCAUCGUGGCAGUAAAUGGUUCGUAUUUGGUCUCAAACUUGGUCUAAACAUACCCCAACUGCACAAGAUUGAGAUACAGUACAACACUCCAACUCAGUUUGCUAGAGAGUCCCUUCUUUUGUGGAGAACUGAAAACAAGACUGCAACAUGGGAGCCAGUAGCUGCUGCAUUGGAGAGCAUUGACCUUAAAUCUGUAGCUAUACAGUUGGAGGGUCAGUUUAAAGAACAGCGUCCAAUGCCUACACUUCCAAACAGUGUUCUUGAAGCUGAGCCUAGUCUUCCUGCUCUUAAUAAUUUGGUGGGUGCAAAGAUUGAAGAUAAGUAUCACUUGUUUGGGAUCGCUGUUGGUUUAAAUGAAGGCCGUCUGAGAGGACUGGACAAAGACUAUCCAACAUGCCAAGAGAGGUUCAAUCAAGUGUUUUAUGAAUGGAGUCAAGUUGAUCCCAAUACAUUCAAAUGGAAGACUGUCAUUGAAAUAUUACAAUCUGAUACCAUCAAAGCUACUUCUGUAGCUGAACUUGUUAUUGAACAUUUGAGUAGCAUUUAAUAACAUUUAAUAGCCAUUAGUUUUUACAAACUCCAGAGCUGUCAAAAAAUUUUUGUAGAUAG